AGUCCAGCCCCUCAGAAGAUUUCCUGUUUCAUGAAGUGCUCGUACAGUAACGAGAAGGUCCUAGCCGGCCAUUUGUGUUUACUCUCUCACUGCAGCUGCAAGCGGAGCGAAGAAAGUUCGCUUCAAUCUGGAUCUUAAAGCUUCGGCUAAUUAAUGAGAAAGAGAGGAAGGGCAUUGUCCGUUUCUUCAUGGAGCUACUUCGCUUUACCGCUUUCUGGUGUGGAGCGAUACUCUUUGGGAGUAUUGUGCUCGGGCAAGCGGAUUCGUAUAUAUUGACGCCUCGAAGACUAUGCAAGUUUUGCGACGUACAAGCAACCAUCUGCGCGGGUCAAGGAAGCUGCAAGGUGGAGUGUAACCGCACCUCCAUCUGCACCCAUGACGACGACGUGUGUGUGGCUAUUUGGAGGAAGAAAGACGACAAUGUCACAUUUGACACCGUCUGCCACAACCCGGCUGAGAAGUUGUACGGCCUGGUCCUGGACGACUACGACCACGGCGAGUGUGAGAUGAAAGAAAGGAAAGGCAUGGGUUCGACCUUCUUCAUGUGCUCCUGUUCGGAGGACGAGUGCAACGAGCGGAUCAUUUUUAACACUUACGCGGAUUCCCAGGUUGCUGUCAUCCUAGUGAGCCUGGUUCCUCUUCUGGUCAUGGCCAUUUUGGUCAUCACUUCUUUCUACUGCUACCGAGUGUACCGCCAGCGGCUAGCAAACGCAAAACGCAAGAAAGGUACCCCUCUGGACUUCAGUGACGCUCACGCCAUCAUGGGGGACGACGAAGGCUCCGACAGCAGCUCGACGCACGCCAACAAUCUCAACCACAACACCGAGUUGCUGCCCAUCGAACUGGAUAUCCAGGUGGGGAAAGGUCGCUUUGCCGAAGUCUACAAGGCCAAACUCAAGCAGGGCUCCUCGGUCAGCGACGAGCAGGGUUUUGAGACGGUGGCGGUCAAGAUUUUCUCCUACGAGGAAUACGCCUCCUGGAAGAACGAGAAGGACAUUUUCUCGGAUGCCGAUCUGAGGCACGAAAACGUGCUCCACUUCCUGACGGCCGAGGAGAGGAAGGUGCAGAGACAGUACUGGCUGAUCACGGCGUACCAACCCAGAGGCAACCUCCAAGAAUACUUGAGCCACCGUAUUAUCAGCUGGCACGACUUGUGGUUACUGGGAGGAUCGCUCGCCAGUGGACUGGCUCAUCUUCACAGUGAUCACUCGCCGGGCGGGCGCUAUAAGGUGCCCAUUGCACACAGGGACAUUAAGAGCUCCAACAUACUGGUGAAGAGCGACCUGACCUGCUGCCUGUGUGACUUUGGCCUGGCGCUGCGUCUGGACAAUUCCCUGUCUGUGGAUGAGCUUGCAAACAGUGGACAGGUGGGAACAGCCAGGUACAUGGCGCCGGAGGUCUUGGAGUCCAGGAUCAACCUGGAAAACAUCGAGUGCUUUAAACAGGCGGACGUGUACUCCAUGGCGCUUGUACUGUGGGAGAUGAUUUCCAGGUGCAGCGCUAUCGGAGAGGUGAAGGAGUAUGAGCCUCCUUUUGGAAAUUUAAGGGAGCACCCAUGUGUAGAGAGCAUGAAGGACAGCGUGCUCCGAGACAGAGGAAGACCUGAGAUUCCCAACAGCUGGCUCAACCACACAGGCAUCCAGCUGGUUUGUUCCGCCAUCGACGACUGCUGGGACCACGACCCGGAAGCCCGCCUGACAGCCCAGUGUAUGGUGGAACGCUUCGAAGACAUGGAGUAUUUGGACAAGCUGUCCGACUGCUCCGACUCGGAAGAGAAGAUCCCCGAAGAAAUCAUCGUGGUGGAUGAGAAGUAGAACUCCAAACACACCGUCCCCUCUCGGGUGACACAAAAGCAAACUGGAAGAAUGGGAGGUUAACUCCAAAGACAGAUGGACUCUUCUCAUCUCAUAUACAGGUUUCAAAAAACAAACAAACAGGGAUAUCCCAAAUCUAAAGCUUUUAACCAAAUACUUUUGCACUUUAUCUAUGCACACUAAAUGAGCAGUGCCUCUAAUGUCAGGAGAAAUACAUUGAAAAGGAAUGUGUAUUUAGAUUGCUAACGACACUAAUGUCCCA